AUGCCUCCUCUCAAGUCUUGGCUUCGAAUUCCUCCUCAUAGCGAUUUCUCCAUCCUCAAUAUCCCCUUUGGUAUUAUCACCUCUCGCAAUUCGCAGGUUACUCACCGUCCAGCUAUUCGUAUUGGCGACCAUGUGUUAGAUCUCCUUGCCUUUUCUAAAUCGUCUGGAUUCCAGAAACUCCCUUCAUUCAAAGACCACCUCUCCGUUUUCGAAGAACCAACCCUCAACGCAUUUGCAGCAUUAGGUCAGCCCAUUCAUCGAGAAGUUAGAAAAUAUAUACAAGAGGUUUUUAAGGAGGAUACCCCAUAUCCGGAAUUAUUGAAGGAUAAUGAAGAAGUACAAAAAGAGUGUUUGCUGAAGGAGGGAGAUUGGAAGAAUCAUCUGCCGAUGAGGAUUGGGGAUUACACAGAUUUUUUUGCGGGUAUCAAUCAUGCUAGGAAUGCGGGAACUAUGUUUAGAGGAGCGGAAAAUGCAUUACAACCAAAUUACACACAUGUUCCAAUUGGAUACCAUGGUCGGGCUUCCUCGGUCGUCGUCUCCGGAACGCAAAUUACACGUCCUAAUGGUCAGAUUAUUCUUGAUCCAAAGGCUCCUGGCCCUAAGAAACCUGUAUUUGGACCUUCCAGAAGACUCGAUAUUGAGCUUGAGCUGGGAUGUUUCUUAUGCACGGGCAAUGAACUCGGAGAGCCUAUUAAGGUCAACAAGGCCGGAGAAAACAUCUUUGGAUAUGUUCUCAUGAAUGAUUGGUCUGCAAGAGAUAUUCAGAACUGGGAAUAUGUCCCGUUGGGUCCUUUUAAUGGAAAGAAUUUCUCUACAAGUAUCAGUCCGUGGGUUGUUCUCCAAGACGCUAUUGCGCCUUUCCGAACCGCUAAAUUAGAGACGGAGGCCUCGAAAUCGGGAGAAUUGUUGGAUUAUCUAAAAGAAGAGAGUAAUAAUACGGGUCUUGAUAUUAAUUUAGAGAUUGAUCUCACGACUCCAGAUGGAAGUACAACUGCGAUUGGGAAAGUAAAUGCGAAGAAUUUGAUAUGGAGUUUUGAACAAAUGCUUGCGCAUCAUAGUAGUGGAGGAUGUAAUAUGAGGACGGGUGAUCUGUUGGGUAGUGGGACGAUUACUGGGGAGGGCGAUCAGGAGAUGGGGAGUUUAUUGGAGAUGACGUGGGGUGGGAGUAAGGAUAUUUGGUUGGUGGGGAUGGAGACGAGGAAGUUUUUGAAGGAUGGUGAUGAGAUUACUUUGAGGGGUACUUGUGGGGUGGAAGAGGGGGGGAAGGUGGGCUUUGGUGAGUGUAGGGGGAAGGUGGUUAGUGCGAUUGUUUAUUAG